UACCAAUUAGUCCACACGCCUAUAUAUAUACACAACACAUAUUCAUACAAAUAUAUAUUACCCAUUAUUAUCACAUUCCGAUUUCUUGUGAUCGAUCAACUUUUUGACAAUUUCUUUCAGCUAGCUAGCUCGUAGCUUUUUAUAUAUAUAUAUAUAUAUAUAUUCUUAAUUAGGAAUAAUGGAUCGAGUUAUAUAUUCUGAAGAACAAGUUUCAGUCGUGGAAGACAAUGAAGAAUUCAUUGUGCGACCUCAUGAUGAUGAUGAUGAUGAUUCUGAAUCAGAUAGCGAAGUUUCGAGUCGUUCGGUGCUCGGAAAUCCCCGAACGGCUCGAAACUUGGCAGGAGGACAUAAACAACUAGAAGAAGGUGACAAAGAUUAUGAAGCUGUAAAAAGUAGUUUUCUAAUUAGUGGAUUUAUGAAUACUAGAGUUGUUGGGAUAGAUAAGAAGGAUUACGAGGCCAACGUGAUGGAUGAAGCUCGUUUGAAAGUAUUUAAAGUAUAUGUGGCUGCUGUUGCGAGUAAUAACGGUGGUGACCCAAAUUUGAAAUACGGUUGGUUUGGUGGUUCGCGUGAUGAGAUUCGUGAGAUUUUGUUGCAUGGAUUUCGUGGUCGUCGUCGGUGUGAUAACACAACGUUGUCGUAUGGUCGUGGUGUUUGUCUCUCUCCGGCUAAUCUUCCUAUGGAAAGCGCGAAAAUGUCCCUUCCCGAUCCGGAUGGCCUGAGGCAUGUCUUAUUGUGUCGGGUGAUUUUAGGAAGGUCCGAAAUAGUUUCUUAUGGUUCGCAAAAAGACCAACCAAGCUCAAUGGAAUACAAUUCGGGUGUGGAUAAUCUCUCAUCACCAACAAAGUAUGUCAUUUGGGAACCUUACAUGAACACACAAAUUCUUCCGGUGUACAUAGUUAGUUUUAGAGCAGAUUCACUAACAGGUGAGCGAUCUUUAAGGAUACCAGCCUCACCAAAUAUGAGCAUUAAUGGUUUGAUAAGGCACCUUACAAACUACUUGACUUCUUCAAAGAUGUCCAUGAUAAAGCGAUUUCAUCAUGCUUAUUCUAAAAAUAAGAUUUCAAGGUCCGAAUUUAUAAGGACUUUAAGGUCAAUAGCUGGAGAUGAUGUCCUAAGGGCGAUCGUUCAAGGCUUACGAUGAGAAAGAAGCACAUUGGCGAAAGACGGAAGAAUUGAGCCAAGGAUGGAUGCCUGGAUCAAUUGAAAAGUUGUUGGACGAUGAAUUGGAGAUUCUAAUUUUCCUACAUUCUAAUGAAAGGAUAUUUAGUUAGAGAAUUAGAGAUAGUGAAAGUGAUAGGAGAACAACAUAUACAAAAACUUUCUUAAAUGAAGUCAAUUGUAUAAUUAGAUUCUAGUUUUUUUUUUUUUCCCUGGCAAAAUGAUGUCUUUCUUUUACUUUAUCAACUACCACAUUCAUGAUUA